AUGAGCAUCUCACACCUGUCGUCUCUCUCCUCCUCGUGGGCAGCUGCUGGAAUUCCUGUGACUUCACGGAAGGAAUGUACAGAGGAUCCAUCAACAUGGUGCCAGGAUUUUGCUACAGCUCUGAAGUGUGGAACUUUGGAUCACUGUCAGCAAAUGCUGCAACUUAACAGCCCUAAAAGCCUUAAAUGUUCUCUUUGUAAGCUCAUGGUAGUCAUGAUGGCAAAGAUUGUUCAAGACAAUUCUACUGAUGAAAGACUGUGUAAGUUUUUGGAGAAGGGAUGCCAGUAUCUUCCCUUCCAGGACUGGUCAGUCAAAUGCAAGAAGAUGGUGGACACAGGAGUGAUAAUUCUUAUAGAGUUUGGUAAACAAAUUCAGGAUAGACCUGAAAUGGUGUGUGGUGCUUUUCAACUCUGCAGUCAGGGAGGUAUCCCUGGAGGAGCCCUGAAGUUUCAGAACCAACCAAAAUCAGAUGAAUGGCCUGAAAUAACAGACUUUCCCGAAAUGCUGGCUCCCUUCAUAGCUAAUGUGCCCCUUCUCCUCAAUCCUCAAGAUAAAUCCCAAACAGAACCUUGGUUCUGGCGGAAUAAAGUAGAUCCCUGUAGUGAAUGCAGGGAGGUGGCUGCUGAAAUACAUGAAAUCUUGAAGAACAGCCCCUUCCUUGUUCUGACCUUGGCAGAUUAUGCCAAGCAGCAGUGUGAACGUUUGGGGAACCACUUAGCAGAUGAGUGCAAGAAAUAUGUCUUUGAGUACUCACAUGCUUUUGUGCAAUUGCUGACACAAAUCUUGUGGAACAUUUUACUCUUCCAGCCACCAAUGGGAAUUUGUGGUAAAAUUGGAUUCUGUGAUGCUACAAAACCAGAGCCUUUUCAUCCUUUGAGACCAGCUGACCACCUUUCUGACUUGUAUGGAACAGCAGUGUCCAAUGAGAAAACUUCAGAUGCAGAGAAACCUCAUAUGCUCUGUAAUAUUUGCAAGAAAAUUGUACAGGAGGCAGAGAACCUGGUGGAGAACAAUGUCACAGAAGAGCAAAUAGUCCAUCAGAUGGUGAAUUUAUGUGAUUUGUUGCCCCAUGAAGUCUUGGCCCAGUGUAGGGACUUUGUGAAUUCCUAUGGAAUGGCAGUUGUUAUUAUGCUCUUGGAUGCCACUAAGCCUGAAUCCGUGUGCAUCAUGGUCAAAUGUUGCCCCAAAGAUAUCUCUUUAACCAUUGAGAAAGUAGCACUUGAGAAAGUAUCGGAAGACAAAGAAAAUGAAGUGUGCGAUAUAUGUAUAAUUCUCGUUAAAUAUCUUGAUGAGGAACUGGAGAAGAACGAAACACAGAUGCAGAUUGGAUCUAUGCUUUCUAAGGGUUGCCAAUUACUUCCAGACACUUUAGUAUAUCCAUGUGACCAACUGGUGGACCAGUAUGAACCAGCUGCGGUCCGUCUCCUGAUACAGGUGCUGGAACCAACAUUUGUGUGUGCUAAAAUAGGCAUUUGUCCUACAUCCCAUCUUGUGGGAAUGGAGGCCUGUUCCUGGGGCCCUAGCUACUGGUGCAAGAAUCUUGAGACUGCAGAGCAGUGCCAGGCCACUGAAUACUGCAAACACCACAUAUGGAACUAGCAGAAGUCUAGGAAUGGAAGAAUGUUGGCUGUGAUUUUCAUGAAUACAUCUGGGAAUUUGAUUUAGGUGAAAACUUGUGAAAGAUCUGAAUCUUGGCAGAAGCCCAUCUUCCUUUCUCACCUUAAGCUUUAAUUUGUAGUGCAGCUCCCUAUCAGGGAUGUGCACUGCUCAAAGAAGGGUGGGGAGACCACAGUUUCCUCUGCUUAUCAAGUUCUGAAUCCCUUUUAAUUUUGAGCCAUGGUGAGAAAGGAAUGCAGUUGAGAAGAAGAGGGUAGAAGGAUAUUUUAAAUUGUUAAGAAUUUUCUGGGAGUGUGUUUUAAUAGGAAUAGCUAAUCUUAGGACAGUAAAAGAACUAUAUAGUCAAAAUAAUCAGAACAGGUAAUUUAUGCUAGGAUUUUUAAGUAAAUAGGUAUGUUGAGUUUUGAAGAUUUCCUUGCACAAAGUGGGGAGAUGCUUUAGGAUGUUGUUGAUCAAUACAGAUUAGAAGCUCCAACAGCUGCACAGUGGAUGUGAAAUGCCAGUGCACCACUGGAGCAUUAUUCUUCACAUAGGACAUAAAUGUGACCUUAAAAAAUUUUCAAGGAACACCUCUUCUACUUUUUCUCAAGGAGCCCUGAAUUGCAAGGAUGUAAAUGCUACACCAUAUAGCUAUUCUUGAAAUGGAAAGAGUAAGUCAAUGAGGCUUUUCCCCUCAAUGCUUAGCACAUUUUAUCAGCUGAAGAAUAGCUGAAUAUUGGUCUGCUUAAUGACUCUCUACUCUGAUUGGCAACAGCACCAUUACAAACCCUGUAUUUUCAAAUUGGAUGUUAACUAAAACCUUGAUCCUUGAACCGAUGUAUAUGCUGGAUUAAAAAGUUCUUUUUA